UGUUAACUAGCAGCACCUCAAAAUGUUACGUUCUGUCGCUGUAUUUGUGAUUUUUUUGUGUUCUUGCGCUGCACUCGUCGGUUGGUCGCGCGCGUGUGUGUGUUUGAUUGUGGUGCGUAAAAAUUAUUCAUAAAAAUUGGAAAAAUUCAUCGAGUGAGCACGUGUGUGCACCAAAAAAAGUGCAUUGUCGCAGAGUGCUUCGCAGCAAACGCCAGCAACAAGAAAAAUUAUUGCUGCGUUUUCUAUAAAUACGCAAAUAGUUAACGUUACGCAACUCUACACACUUUUUACUCCCCUCCCGCCAAUAAAGGCCAACAAAGGCCUCCAAAACAAAAUGCAACACCCUUUCUCAAAUUAACAAUAAUUAAAAUUAACAAAAAAUAAAUCUAAAACAACGGCCAAAAUAAAGCAGCGCACAAUUUUAAAUUCUGAAGCUGCCGAAACGGGCGGAGGCACAACAACAAUAACAAAUAGAGUGGGAGAGAGAGAGAAGACAACAGCUAGAAAGAACUCCAAUAAGAAGCAGAACCACAACUGAAGGAGCAGCGCUGCCUCUCAGCUAAUUUCACGCUCUCACCUUGUCUCACCUCGUCUCGUCAUGGCCGCCGCUCACAGUCACCACAACGCCAACUUGCUCAGCUCGGACAUCUCGCGACGCAAUCCGCAGGAUGAGUACGAGCUCAUACAGAAAAUUGGCUCUGGCACAUAUGGCGAUGUAUAUAAGGCGAAACGCAUACAGAGCAAUGAGUUGGCCGCCAUCAAAGUCAUCAAAUUGGAGCCCUCCGAUGACAUUGGGAUCAUCCAGCAGGAGAUCUUUAUGAUGCGCGACUGUCGACAUCCCAACAUCAUUGCCUACUACGGCUCCUAUCUGCGACGGGAUAAGUUAUGGAUCUGCAUGGAGUUCUGUGGCGGUGGCAGUCUACAGGAUAUCUACCAGGUGACUGGACCCCUCACCGAAGUCCAAAUCGCGUACAUGUGCCGCGAGACACUUAAAGGAUUGGAAUAUCUGCACCAGAUGGGCAAAAUGCAUCGUGAUAUCAAGGGUGCCAACAUUCUACUCACCGAAUAUGGCGACGUUAAACUGGCUGACUUUGGAGUCUCCGCACAGAUAACGGCAACCAUAAAUAAGCGCAAGAGUUUCAUAGGCACUCCCUAUUGGAUGGCUCCCGAGGUGGCCGCUGUGGAGCGAAAGGGCGGCUACAAUCAACUUUGUGAUAUUUGGGCCUGCGGCAUAACAGCAAUUGAACUGGCUGAAUUGCAACCGCCAAUGUUCGAUUUGCAUCCAAUGCGCGCCCUGUUCCUGAUGUCAAAGAGUGGCUUCAAGCCGCCCACACUGAGCAAUAAGGACAAAUGGAGUCCAACGUUUCACAAUUUCAUCAAGACCGCACUGACAAAGAAUCCAAAGAAACGGCCAACCGCCGAGCGACUGUUGCAGCAUCCUUUUGUCCAGUGCGAGAUGCCACAGCGUGUGGCAAAGGAGCUGCUCCUGAAGUACCAGAGUCCCAAUCAGCAAUUCUAUUAUUGUCUCGAUGGCGACGAGGAGACAGUUGCCGGCGUUCCACAGCGCAUUGCCAGCAAGAUGACGUCGCGCACCAAUGGGAUUCCAGCUCAGAAUCACACGCUCAAGACAGGCAUGAUGACGAACUCGACGUGGUACGAGCGUUCUUCUAGUCCCGAAACGUUGCCAAGUGACAUGAGCCUCUUACAGUAUAUUGAUGAGGAACUAAAGCUAAGAGCAACAUUACCAUUGAACGACACCAAAGAUUCGGCACUCGGUGCCGAGUGCAGUUGCGCCCACAAUGGCGUCGCUGGAGGCGCCGUUGCAAGCGGAGGUGGAGGUGGGGGCAUGGCCUCCAUAAAUGGGGGCGGAGCAGGAGGAGUCGGCGGUAACGGUGGCGGAGGCGGAGGCGGAGGCAGCGGCAACAGCAGCCGCGCCAGCGUAAUCGACAGCGGCAACGGUGGAGGCCAUUAUCAUCAUCACCACCAUCAUCAUCAUCAUCAUCAUCAACAACAGCAACAACAACAACAACAACAGCUACAUUUGGGCACUGCAACUGGCACACAGCACAACCACAAUCACCACCACCAUCUUAACCACCAAUCAAGCAGUGCACUGACUUCGUCCAGCACCAGCAGCGCCUUGGCCACAUCGGUCAACUCCAACUCAAGCUCCAACUCGAACUGUAAUUCCAAUGCCAAUUCAAAUUCCAAUUCCAAUCCGAAUCCCUUGAGCAUGUCCGCCUCGCUGGCCUCCAUGCCCGGAUUGAGCGCCUAUCUGGGCUUAUCCAAUUUGCGUACGACCAGCAUUGGCGAUGGCGAUGGCGAUGACGAUAUCAGUCUGGACGUUGACAUUGCUAUGAAUAAUGCAGCUCCUCUCGGUUUGGGUGUUGCUCCUACCGCCGCUGGCUCGGGCUCUGGCUCUGGCUCAGGUGCCGGCUGCUCCGCCUCCGCUGCGCAUUAUUUGCGUCAUAGCAGCAACUAUCGCUCGGCGGCGGCUGCGGUCAGCUCAGCCGCUCAAGCAUCAUCUUAUAGUGCUGAUGGUCAUGGUCUUGGCCUUGGCCUUGGUCUUGGUCUUGGGUUGCUUUCAUCAACAUCGCUCGCAUCCAGCAGCACAACAGCAGCAGCAACAACAACAGCAGCAGCAGCGUCAACAGCAUCGUUUUAUAAUCGCCUACUACUCCUCGAUAAUUCCAGCGGCGAUGCAGUCGGCGGCGGAAUCGGUGGCAGCAAUGGCCUGGACAAGCAUGAGGUCAGUGCCACGCCUCCGAUUGUCACUCAGUCAGCCGGUGAUGGCUUCAUGCAUUCCAACUGCGCCUCCACAAGCACAGCAGCUGCAGCGGCUGAGACUGCAGCAUCCACAGCAACUGGUGCUGGUGCCACAGCGGGCAACUCAUCCCAUCUCUACCAGAAUCUACUGCGGAGCAGCGCUGCCAGCAGCACAGAGACACCACAGACGGCAACGGGAGCGGGAGCGGCAGGAACGAGUGAGAACAGCAACUGUGAUUACCGUAACGAGAGCAACCAGAAUGGAGUGGAGGACUCACCGCGUCGCCAUAGCUCAAUGGAUCAGCUGAUUGGACUGCUUAAUGACAUGGGCAAGUCGUCGCGAACGCGCAGCCUCAGCGACGGCGGUGCCCAGGACGAUGACGAGGUGGAGAAAGAGGCGCAACCGGAUCUGCUGAACAAUACGCCGCCUGUGCCGCCAAAGCGUUCUCAUCGGCGUCGUCAUACGCCGCCCAGGCCCAUCUCCAAUGGUCUGCCACCGACGCCCAAGGUGCACAUGGGCGCCUGUUUCUCAAAGAUCUUCAAUGGAUGCCCACUGCGAGUGCACUGUACCGCCUCGUGGAUUCAUCCGGAGACACGGGAUCAGCAUCUGUUGAUCGGAGCCGAGGAGGGCAUUUACAACCUCAACAUGAACGAGCUCCACGAUGCGACCAUUGAUCAACUGUUCCCACGUCGCACCACCUGGCUGUAUGUGAUCAAGGAUGUCCUCAUGAGUCUAUCCGGCAAAUCCUGCCAGCUUUACCGCCAUGAUCUGGUCGCGUUGCACUCGAAGCAGACGGUGCGCUUCUCGCUCCACAUGAACAAGAUACCCGAGCGUCUGGUGCCGCGCAAAUUUGCCCUGACCACCAAAGUUCCGGACACCAAGGGCUGCACACAGUGCUGCGUCACUCGCAAUCCGUACAACGGCUACAAGUAUCUGUGCGGAGCGACACCCAGUGGCAUAUUCCUGAUGCAGUGGUACGAUCCCCUCAACAAGUUCAUGUUGCUCAAGCAUUGCGAUUGGCCCGCCACAAGUAUUCUAGGCGGAGGCUAUGGAUGCGUUCAGAAUGGCCAUACGCCGGUCUUUGAGAUGAUCAUCACGCCGGAACUGGAGUAUCCCAUUGUGUGCACGGGCGUACGCAAGGCCCUCAACGGCUGCCUCAAACUGGAGCUCAUCAACAUGAACAGUGCCAGUUGGUUCCACUCAGAGGAUCUGGAGUAUGACGCCAUGGCCACGAUGGUGCCGCGUCGCGACCUGCUAAAGGUGGUGCGCGUCCACCAGGUGGAUAAGGACGCCAUUCUCGUCUGCUAUGGCAAUGUAAUGCAGGUGGUCACACUUCAGGGCAAUCCCAAGCAGCACAAGAAAAUGGUUGCCCAACUCAAUUUUGAUUUCAAUGUGGACAGUAUUGUUUGUCUACCGGACAGUGUAUUAGCAUUCCACAAGCACGGCAUGCAGGGCAAGUCGCUGCGCAACGGCGAAAUAACGCAGGAGAUCAAGGACAUGAGUCGCACCUAUAGGCUGCUGGGCAGUGAUAAGGUUGUCGCCUUGGAGAGUCAACUGUUGCGCACUGGUUCGCUGGGCAGCGAGGAGGGACAUGAUCUGUACAUUUUAGCCGGUCACGAGGCCAGCUACUAGGGGCACUAGUUGUUAUAUUUUUAAUAUAAUGCAAGAUAGACAGAGGGGAAGUGAGAGAUACAUACAAAUAAAUUUUAAAUGCAGCUGUCGUCGGGCGGCGUCAACUACUAACUGUAAUUUAAUUACUCGUAGGCCCUAAGCUCUAAAUUAAACUCAAUUAAAAACGAAGCCCAAGCAUUUAGCAAUUUCAAGAGCUACUUAGCGCAUUUUAUUCUAGCAGAUAAUGAGGCAGUCACGAACUAAAACCAUAACUAAAUCAGCAAAAACAAGAGAUUCUUAGUCCUCCCAUUAAUCCAUUCUUUGCCAAAAACAAAAAAAAACGGGAUAAAGGAAUAUCCACUAGAAAUACAUAAAUUAUAUGCUACUUAUAAUAGUAAGUAUGUCGCACACUCUAUCCAAUUCCGUUGUAGUUAUUAUUAUUAUUAUUAUAUUUUUGUAUUACAAAGAAAGAAAAUGCUUUAAAUUAUAUGCCUAACUUUAUUAAAUUAUGCAUAUAUUACUUUUAGAGAUUUUGUGUAACAUUCACAAAGCAAUUAAAUAAGUUUCAAGCAAAAUUAAACCACAAAGAAUGAAAAUGAGUGUUAGGAAGAAAGUCAACAGCGGCGAGGCAAGGCGAGGCGUACGCAUUAAAAUUACCGUAAUUAAUUAUAAUUCUAAUUAAUAGAAUACAAUAAUUACAAACGUAUGCAUAUAAACAACAAAUUUUAUAGUUUUUAGCAAUUGUAAAUCGCAAAUGUUUUUGUAGUUGUUAAUGUAAAGCAGAAAUGCAUUAGAUUGGAAAUUAGGCGCUAUGCGAAGAUCCAACUUAA